CCCUUCUUCGGUUACCUCAAUUAUUGCGCCUUCCCAUCCGCCCCUCAUCUCCUCCCCAUCUCCAUUCCUCCACCCCUCCACGGCGGCUCUCCAUUGGUAAUGGCGAUGGCGGCGUCGUGGUGGGCGCUGCUGACGGCGGCGGCGGUCGUGGCGGCGGCGGCGGGGUGCGGCGAGGCGGCGCCGACGGCGGCGGCGGAGGCGGCGCACGACGUGCUGCAGACACACGGGCUCCCGCGCGGGCUGCUCCCCGCGGGGAUCGCGGCGUUCUCGCACGACCCGGCCACCGGCCGGUUCGAGGCGGUCCUGGAGUCCCCCUGCACCUCGCGCACCGAGGUCGGCCUGCGGUACAACGUAACCGUCGCCGGGCAGAUCACGUACGGCCGGAUCGCCGAGCUAUCCGGCGUGGACGCGCAGGACCUCUUCCUCUGGUUCGCCGUGCGCAGCAUCCGCGUCGACGUUCCCUCGUCCGGCGUCAUCUACUUCGAUGUGGGCGUGGUCUACAAGCACUUCCCGCUGUCGUUCUUCGAGGCCCCGCCGCCGUGCGUGCCCACCUCGCGCAUCCUCCUGCAGCCGCAUCAGAUUAGGGACGGCGGAUCGGUGGCGGAAGACGGCGCCGCUUUGCAACAAUGAUGGGAUGAUUUCAUCGUGGAGGCGUGAACCAGAAAUCGCAGUUUUGAGAGGUGAUCGGCCGGCGGCGGGCGGACGGCCGGCUAGUGUGCAGAUAGAUAGGUGUGGUCAUUCGUUUUGUCUGCUCCUCGCCACCUCAUCACUCUGUUCUUGUCCGCUGCGUGCCAAAGUAAAUCGGCGGCCGGCGGGAGCUGCCUGCGUGUACUUCUCCGGCGUAUGGCCGAUCGCCAUAUUUUCCUGGGUAAUGGAUGAUGCAUGUAAAGUUUUUGUGUGAUUAGUGAUCUUCGUUGGGUUCUGCAUAUUA